CCAACGGAAUCUAGAGAUCCGCUAUGGAGAGGACAUCGUAUACGAUUUAUAUCAAAUUGAAAAAGAACUUGCGCAUCAGCUGGUUUUUAAUAAGUUCCUUAUUAGAAACACUUUCAGCACAUCAUUUCUGUUCCCUUAUUAUGGAGAGAUGUUCUUGCGGGAUUUUCACGCUUUAAAGAAUUUCAAAAAAUUGGUUGCUCAAGAGCCAAUUCCAAUUGCAAGUAUAAACUCAUCAAUCCUUUAUAACCAUGUGCUUGAUAAAUCAUUUUCGUCAGAGAAUGCAUCUAGAAUGCUCCCUGCUUUAGAAAUGCUAAUAUGUAAUGUCAACUCUGAAAUGAAUGGCGAGAUAUCUAUCAAGGAUUAUAUUUCUCAACAAAUGAAUUUGUCAAUUUUGACAGAAAAUGCAGAGUUUUGUGGAAUGUUUAGUGCUGGUUUACACCUCAGACACCUUAUUAGCCUAUAUGAAAGAGUGGAAAGUAUGAAAACAUUCAGUUUUUAUGAUAUAGACGUAAAGUAUAAGAAACCAUUAUCACGAAACAUGAAUAUUCGGAUCCUUGAAGUUAUAGCAUUUGAAACGCAAUCUAAGAAUCGAAUUUCUGCUUGUGAGUUAUUGAUUGUAUUGAAGCGAUUUUUGGUCCGUUAUCUGAUGGCAGAAACUUUAGAGUAUAUAUCCACAGAUCAUGAACUAAUCGACUAUAUAAUUGAUGAGGAUUUUGGUUGUUGGCCUUCGAGUAGUUCUUUAAAAAUUGCAGAAAACUUGUUUCCAUCUGAAAUACAAGUUGGUCAAACGUAUUCUGUCUAUGAACUCAUAAGUUCAAAACAAACAAAUAAUCAAUAUAGUGUUUAA